CCACCAAUUUUCUUUUGUGGUGUCAGCCAUGGGGGAGGUGAAUCGCAAGUUCGCCUCCCUCCGGCAGGAGCUGGUAGCCAACCUGAUCAGGAGCCCUUCGGAGCAGAGCCCCGAGCUUGUGCAGCACCUGGUGCAGCUGUCAAUGCCCCCUGCCCAGAAGUACCUGGAGAUAGAUGCCAAGGGCAUUUUGCAAGCCAACAUCAAGGAGCAGGUGAGGAAUGCCGCUGAGCUGCCGACCCCUCCCCAGCUCCAGGUGGACCUGCGCCUGAUAUCCACCGCCUUCAACAUUCUGGAGAAAUAUGGCCGCAACCUUUUGCAUCCCAACAAACCCCAUUUCUGGCGAACGGUCAAAUUCAAUAACCCCGUCUUCCGGGACACGGUGGACACCAUCCAGGGCGGGCGGGACGUCCUCCGGCUGUACGGCUACUCUGAAGAAAAGGCGGAUGGGCUCCACUUCCCGGACCACCAGCUAGAGCCAAACAUUCCCCAGGUGGCUUCCGUCACAGUGGAUGUGAUGAUGCUCCACACGGAGCUGAACCUUCUCCUAUCGAAUGCUCAUCCCAACCCUCAGGCGUUCCAAGAAUUGAUGCAGAGAGAGCACAGCUUACAGGUCAACAUCGCUGCAGACGCCAUGUCACUGAACCCAUUUUCGGCCAUCUCUCACGCAGGGAACCUGCCUCCAGACACCUGCCUGCUUUGUGGUUUGGAAGCUCCGUCUCAGCACUGUUCAGCUUGCAAUCAGAGUUUGUGUCCCAACUGCGACUGGCUGUUUCACAAACACCCUUCCCGGUCGCAUCACCACCGAGUGCCCUUGAAAAAUCAAGCGUGGCAGAAGCCCCCCCCACCGCCUCCCCCCAGCCUGUCCAGCAUCCCCUCCGAUACUGCUUCCCUGCGGUCUCCCCCGGCCUGCCACAGCCUCCCCAGCCCACGGCCCCCGUGGCGUUGUGCGGCCUGCCAGAAGAACAACGAUGCCCGCUCCGUCCUGUGCAUGGGCUGCGACCGGCCCCGGGGGUGCAAGACGCCCCAGAACCCCAGCCCGGAAGAGGAGCUGAGCAGCCUGGGGCAGCUGGCCAGAGGGCGCUGGUCGUGCCAGACCUGCACAUUUCAGAACGAGGCGGCUACUGUCCUGUGCGCUGUCUGCGAGAGGCCGCGCCUGGCCGGGAGACCAGGCACCGGUGAUGCCAAGCCUCUCAUAGCCUGGGGGGAGGAGAGCAGACCCCAGCAGGAAGAUGUCCCCAGCUGGCAGUGCGAACACUGCACUUUCCGGAACAGCGUCCGCGGCCGGAUAUGUGAGAUGUGCAACUGCACCAGCCUGCACAGCAACCCCCAGCCGCCCUCCCAGGUGGAGAAGGAGGAGGUGGGGAGGCUGAAGAGAGAGGUGGUGGAAGCCCCUGCAGAACCCAAGGGGCUGUGGAAAGCCCCACCCGUCUUGCCGGAGGACGCGGAGCAUCAGCGGCAGGAGAAGCUGCGGGAGGAUGGGCAGAAGCUGGUCGCCAUGGUCAGGGAGGCUGAAAGCGUGGGGGUGGCCCCCGAGAUGGUGGCAGCCGCCUUGUGCUACUCGGGAGCUGAGCUGCCCCUGGCGUGGCUGAAUUCGGAGCUCCCCUGCGUCCUGGAAGGCAUGGCAGAACUGGCCACGCAGCAAGGGGAGAAGGAAGCCGGCGGCGGGCUGGGUGCCAUCACACUCCAGGAAGUCCAAACUGCGUGGGUGGCGAGCCGGGGGGACGUGGACGAAGCCAUCAGCCGAUGCCUCAGUGCCCGCCGCAGCAAGGUGCGGGAGCUGAAGGCUCUGGGCUUCGAAGAGCGGGGCCCCGUCUUGCAGGCCCUGUACCAGAACAAUGGUGACCUGUGGCGUGCGCUGGUGCAGCUGCAGCGGGCCCGCUUGGUCCCUUUCCAUCAGCGGCUUUGGGAGAGCGAAGACCCCCCCGUGGACUUCUGCAGCCCCGACCGGCAGGCCCUGCUGCGCCGUCUCCUGGCCUCCCUCUCUCUGCCCAGCUGGGGCCGGGCCGAGCUGGUGGUCUCCCUGAUGCUCGAGCAGCCCGACGAAGGCUGGGAGCUGGCGGACAUUGUGGAAGCCGUCAAGGCCUCGCCCAGCCGCGACUUCAUCAAGCGCUUGCUCAGCUGGGAGUGCGCCGUGUGCAGCCUGGCCUUGCCGCGCAACAAGAUGCAGUCGCUGACGUCGUGCGAAUGCACAAUUUGUCCAGAAUGCUUUGCCCUGCACUUCACGAUUGCCGUGAAGGAGAAACACAUCACGGACCUGGUGUGCCCGGCUUGCUCUGAGCCAGAGAUCAGCGAUGAGACAGAACUUCUCAACUAUUUCUCCACCCUUGAUAUCCAGUUGCGCAGUUGCCUGGAUCAAGAGACGUACGAACUCUUCCACAAGAAGCUGACGGAACACGUGCUCAUGCAGGACCCCAAGUUUCAGUGGUGCACACAUUGCUCUUUUGGCUUCAUCUACGAAUCGGAGCAGCUGGAAGCCAAGUGCCCACAGUGCCGCAAAAGUUUCUGUGUCCAGUGCAAGCGUCAGUGGGAACCCCAGCAUCAGGGGCUCGGCUGUGAAGGGUUUCUGGAAUGGAAGCGAACCAACGACCCCGAAUACCAGGCUCAGGGCUUGGCGGUCUAUCUCCAGGAGAAUGGGAUCGCUUGUCCAAAAUGCAAGUUCUCGUAUGCGCUGGCUCGAGGGGGGUGCAUGCAUUUCCAGUGCUCCCAAUGCAGACAUCAUUUCUGCAGUGGCUGCUAUGGCACCUUUUACGCCUCGAAUAAAUGCCCGAUAGCCCACUGCCCAAUCCGGCGGUCCCUCCACGGGCACCAUCCGCGCGACUGCCUUUUCUACCUGCGGGACUGGUCUGUGCCCCGUCUGCAGCGCCUCCUACAGGAUAACAAUGUGGCCUUCAACACAGACCCCCCAGCGGGGACCCGUGCCACCCCUGGAGGCGGAUGCCGAGUCAUGGAGCAGAAGGAAACCAUGGCAGGGCUGAAGGAUGAGCCAUGUGGGAAAGAGACGCCAGCUGAAUACGCUGGCCUUUGCGAGGCACACUACAAGGAAUACCUGGUCAGUCUCAUCAACAGCCAGGCCCUGGACCCCGCCGUCCUCUACACCUUGCAAGAAGUGGAGAUCGUCUGCCGGCGACACCUCACCGCCGCUCAGCUGCUCCCCCAGGGACCGGCAGAGGAUGAGGAAGCCUACCGUGGGCGCUUGGUCCAGAUUCUGAGAGAUGAGGUUCCUCUCGGCUUGGAAAUCCCACGAAGGCGGAAGUAGACUUAGGAAAUCACCUGGGUGGAGAAAAGGAGAAGGUGUGAUCGUCUGCCGCAUGGAUGGAGAAGAGAAACGGAGAAGAAGAAAUGUGUUUUCAGAGGUCUCAUUUCAGAUGGAUGGUUCAAGUUGCGGGUUCCUAAGAUGCAGUCUUAAAGCCCUCUCUGGGUUGGGUUUAAGGGUUGUGUUGUUGUACAUCCUGUUUCUUCUUGUGUGAUACACACCCAGAUGUCUCCUCAUUGGGAGCACUUAGAAGGAGGUGAUGGAGAAAGCAAAGGAUUUUAGAUUUCCCGUAAGGCUGUUCAGCAAGUUUUUGAUUUUAUUCUUAAAACUGUAUCCAGAUUUUGCAGUGGGGGGGGGUAGAAUUACUGGUGGGUGGAUGUGUGAAUGAAAAGGAUGCUAUGCUUAAACUGAAAGUUUCUUGUUCCCGUUCUAGAUCUAUCCUGCUACUUUAAUUCAAUUUGUUCUUCCAGCCUGCAUGCCUCCUGGGAAAUGCAUUGGUCUGAAUAAAAUUUAUUUUGAUAAACAUGA